GUCACCACCUUCAUCACGCCCCCCUUUCAGACAAGUCUUAUGCCUGGAUUGCUUGCAUGUGCACACACACAAUUCUCAUGCCGCACCGAAGCACGAUACGUACGUUUGGCAUACACGCACUUAGAAAGACCAACCAGCUUCGGCGUACGCACUCCGCCCACGUCCGGGCGGAGCAGCAAUCAGGUGUAGUGUGGCAAAUGGUCGUUUUUGCCACAGCUGCUGCCUUCGUGCUCCGCCCUAUCAAACGAAGCACGCAUGGACAGCACAAUCCAAGAUGACCACUGCGACAGCAAACAGGUUGAGCCCGAGUAGGACAGUUUUGCCGCAGACGCUACCUUCCAUUGACAAUUUCAAUAUUUAUACUAAAACUGUUCGCGGUGAAUCGGAUCUGACUUCUCGUCGCACAGCUCCGCAAGCUCAUUUCAAUCAGUCAAUGGAAGACCAUUCAGAGGCUCGUGUGAUUAGUGCUUUCCAAGACUCAGGCCGCGAGGACGCCGAGGUAAUCAUGUGCAUCUGCCCAGUCUGUGGCUACUCCGCCUCUUCCCCUCGAGGUCAAGACGAACACAUGGACAACGUGCAUGGUGAGGGCCGUCUCGUGUUCCCUAACCCCACCGCAGCAGACAAUCAGCUUUCGCCGAGCAACGGAUAUCCAACCAAACCUUGUGGCCAGCUGAAAUUCAGUCCAGUCAUUAGUGGAACAGCGCAUGACAGCCGCUUGACUCCGUCUGGUGCGCAAGCCUUCUCAACCCCCCAAACCAUCUUAACUGGAUCCGAUCCGGGUAUACCGACACGCUCCGAUUCCGCCAUUGCAACUCCUAGUCUGCCCUUCAUUAAGCGUUCGAACGACGCGCUGUAUGAUCCGAGAGCUACAAUUAGUACUACUCGAGAGGACGCGGUCGAAUGUACCAACUGGACUACACGUUUGUCUCACAAGAUAUCCGAAUGCGACUCAUCAUCCGGUGACACCGCGGCAGCGGUGGCUUUGCAGAAGGUGGAUUCCAGAAGAAGAUACCGAUGCAACAUGUGCUCUGAAACUUUUCCAUGGCAUGGCGAUUUGGCCGAACACCUUCGACUGGUGCAUGGAAUGCAGAAAACCAGGGAGAAUACACGCAGUGCAAAGGCUGGGAGCUUUUGCUGCGUGCACUGCAAAUACGUGGCGAAGUAUCAGAGCGAACUGCGACGUCACAUGCGUCUACACUGGGGUGUGAAACCAUUUGUGUGUGUAUUUUGCCCAUAUCGCAGCGCAUGGAAGGGAGAUUUAAAGCGACACAUGGAAUCUCAUCAUCGAGAACGUUUCAGUUCGGAGGGGGAGUUGAUCAAAAUUAUGUCUCAGUUUAAAAACAAUGCAGGAACCACUCUCAAUGGUGCCCCGCCAAGCGCGAAUCUCAGCAAGGAUUCCUAUUCAUAUGGCGACAUGUGUCAGGGAAAGAGUACCGACUCUGUUGAUUUAUCUCCCAAAGGCCGUGACACAACUUCGGAUGAAGGGGACACUGGAACAAGCAGUGGGAAGACCAGCGGCGUGGCAAAACCAUCUUUGACCGAAGGAGGCGGUUUACAAUGCCACAACUGCUCUUAUCGAACAUCAAAUUCCACACGGCUUCACAGUCAUAUGAAUAACUGUGGCCUCUUGAGACAUUGCUACAAAUGUCCGAUUUGUGGUCAUAAGAGUCUGCAUGAGUGGCAGGCGAGGAGUCAUUUGAACUCGCGACAUUCUGCAUUCGAGGUUGCACCAGUUGCCAUUCCUGAUCCAUCACAUAAUGGAUCGUCAGUAGACAUUUCUCAUCCACCGUUUCCAAGCUCUCCUGACUCGCCAGAAAGUCUUCGCAUCGACACACCUGGAGUGAUGGAUGGGAUGGAGGAGAUGCCAACACCGUUCAAAGCCUACACUUCGAUGGACAGGCAUGCUUACGACACAGUCCCCAUCGACUUGUCGAUGGGCCCAAAAAACAAAAUUCCUGGAGCCACCGAGCUCAUUCAGACGUGUGAAAUUACAGAUGCCAACAAAACAGUCCUUUCUUCACUUCCUGGUGUUCCAAGUUACAUGACUAACUCUGCGGUUUCCCAAAUGCAGCGUCGUUCACCAUUUCUUGCCACAUCCACUGAACUUCCGCCACCACCAGCACAACCAAUACAUCCACAUGCACGGACCAUCAGCACAGUCUUACCUUGCCUUCCCACUGUUAGUAACUACGAUUCAAUGGGAUGGCCGGUCCCACCGACAUGCGUCACUGCAAUGAACGGUGACAACCCAGACGUGCCAGCGACCCCGGCUGUCAGCGUGCUGUUUAAUCAGUGGUUCAUGAACGGCCUCAUGCAAACAUGGCACCAGCACUACCAACAGCUACCCACAUCUAUCGAUUCACAACCGCUACCACAAGUGGAUACUACUGCGUUCCCGUUUGCAAAAGUUGACCCGAUCCUUCUAUCCACUGCGCCGUGGAUACGGCACAGUGCGCCGCCAGAACAUGAAAGAGUAGCCAAGCAAGAUCUAAUUGAUCUGCAGACCCACAUGCUUAAAAAUGCGUCGAAAUUUUCAAGUGGGAGUUUGUGUGUCCCCACUGGACUAGCCGAAUCCGAAACAAUGGAUUUAUCGUCCAACGCAACUGUUCCAGUUAGCUCGGGUGUAUCUUCUCCGUUCCUCGAACAGAGAGAUACACAGCGUGCCAGGCGGGGCCGCAAAUCGGGGCAGCUUCGGCAUGGAGAGCGCUUGUCGACUGGCAGCAUCGGAUCAAAGGAUGAGCAAUGGAAGAGGCACCAAUGCUCGGGAUGUGGGCAUCGUUCCAAUUGGAAGUGGGAUAUUAACAAACACAUCAAGGUGGCUCAUCCGGAAAGAACUAGCAUUACAACAGUGACUUUGGAUAUAGAGGAGGCCAAACGAACUUUUGGUGAAUAUAUGAACCGAUUGAAGCUUUCGCGUAAUCGCUAUCUAAAUGAUGUGGCUGAGGGAGCUCCUGAACAAUUUUCCUGGCGAUCUGGAGGUACCGCUGCAAGCUCCUUUGGGCAGCCAGUUGAAGGCUAUUAUAGACCUUAUCAAUGUUCCACAUGCGGACACAGGAGUAAUUGGAAGUGGGACGUUCGUAAGCAUAUCAAGCAAAUACACGACAACGAGGCUGAGGUGAUUACGUUGAGUUUAGAAGAAGCACGCCGAACCAUUCAUCAGUACAAGAAUUAUCGACGACAGCAGACUCGACAAUCGGACAUAAGAGGUAGUGCGUGGUAUAGUUCCCCGGAUAUUGCAACUACUCGCACGUCAGUGCGCAAUCCAGUGAACACGGAAAUAAAACAGAACGCGGAUGAGAUGGUGCAAGAAACCUGGAAUCACUCUAUGGAGCAAAGUGAUGAGCAACCAACUUCAAGACUUCAGUCUAGAAACGAACCAGCGUCUAGUGUGACAGACGAACGAAUCAGUCCUGAGGUGAAACUGCCCACUCCUUCUCCAACCAUUACCAGACAGCGGAAUAAGAUAGUUCCAAGAUAUCCUUGUCGAGUAUGUCAUCUGAAUCUACCCACCCAAAAAGCUCUGACAUUCCACCUCAGUUUCCGCCACAAGCGGCCAAAAAACGCUAUACACUCAUCCAUUUAUGUCAGACGGAAGUUAACACGCUGCGUGUCCGAUCAAUUCGUACACCAGGGAGACUCGAUUGCCCGCAAUUCAGCAGGAAUCGAUCUCGAAGCGAAUGCUUUAUCUCCUCACGAGGUCGAUGGUCCCACCGUACUUCCAAGUGGUACUACCCAAAGUACCUCCAUUCCUCAGUCCACAUUGCUUGUUGUCGCUUGCAAUCAGCCACCUGUCCAUUCACAGUCCGUAAGUGAACAGCUCAACAAUGCCCCCACAGAUUUCGACCCGACGCGCGCUGCACCUGGGGCCGGAGUUAUGCAGUCACUGGAUUGCCCUAUUCAAUCAUCACAUCACUCUUGCUCUGCCACUAGGCAAGGAACGCCUCUCCUCAACAGGAUUUCUAUUACGAAUCAACAAUCUGUCACGAACACAUCAUCCAUUCACUCUUCCAAACGAACCGACUCCAAAUCCACGGGCAUUGUGCGACAGAUGUCAGCUCUGUUGGACGAAUUGCUGUCCUUGCUUGGGGAUUCCAAGGAUAAGUGUGUGGAACCAGAGUUAGUGGCCACAAGUACAGGAGUUCCAGCGUUAAGAAAUGAGCGGGAAUUGUCUCAUCAAGUUGCAAACUUGAUACAUGACGUUGUGUUAAAUAAGGAUACUCCCCCCGGGAUAAAUUUAUCCAACUGCAGCUCCAGUUCCAACGAGGAGAAUCACCCCAUAACACAGCGCAUGCGUCACGGAAAGCCCGAGGAUGAUAGUACCAUCCAUACUAUGCUGCAGCAUCCGGAGGUGGGAACACGAUUACUGCGAUUGGCGAACGUGCUUCGCUCAGUUCCGAACAUAACAAAUUGUACAUGAAUCGCACGAUCUACGGUGUUGUACCCACUCUCUCACCAAGCGAACAGCGCAAACCACGAUGCCCGUGCGAGCAUACCACUGGCGGCGUGCAUCAUGUAAAUGAACAGCUGAACAUAUUAUCGGUCUAUUUUACUCAAGCAUUGUUCAAAGAGUCCGAUAUCCAUUUGAACAUAAUUGUGAUUUAAUCUGUUAUCAGAGAUCUUGGUUUUCGUUCCCAGCUAGAGUCAGCCAUGCGUUACUUUGCGGAGUUUUGAUUGCUGUGUUGCGUUUCAGGGUUUUUAUUCGAAAAUAGAUACAAAGUAAUCUCAAG